AUGGCGAUGAGCAGCGCUACCAUGGGCGUCCUCAGCGUGGCGGCGAUGUUGCUCGCCGUCCCCGUCCUCGGCGCCGGAGUAUGGCUCUCCACCCGCCCCGAGGACGCCUGCGCGGGGCUCCUCCAGUGGCCGGCGAUCGCACUCGGCGCGGCCAUCCUGGCGGCGGCGACCGCCGGUCUUGUGGGCUCCUUCCGGGGCCUCCCCCGCGUCAUCUUCCUCUACCUGAUCGUCAUGCUCGUACUCGUCCUCCUCCUCGCCGCCCUCGUCGUCUUCGUCUUCUCCGUCACCGGCGCCAGCGCCGGCCACCCCGCUCCGAGCCGGGCAUACCUCGAGUACCACCUCGAGGACUACUCCGGCUGGUUGCGCCGCCACUUGAGCCCCCCCCACAAGUGGAACAGAAUCAGCGCCUGCCUCAGGUCCACCCGCACCUGCUCGAAGCUCAACCAGACCUACCCCUCGGCGCAGGAUUUCUUCUCCUCCUCCAUGAAUCCCCUCCAGGUUGCCUCCCAGCACUAUCUCCCUCCCCCCCUCCCCCUCUCUUCUUCAUUGGUAAUCUUCUCAUCUCUCUCUCUCUCUCUCUCUCUCUGUAUCUUUUUUUAUCUAGUCGGGGUGCUGCAAACCGCCGACGGAGUGUGGGUUUACGUUCGUGAGCGCGACGAACUGGAUCAGCCCCAUAAGCUCGGCGGCGGAUGAGGAUUGCGGCAGGUGGAGCAACGAUCAGACGGAGCUGUGCUAUUCGUGCAGCUCCUGCAAGGCGGGGUUGCUGGAGGGACUCAAGAAGGGUUGGCGGAGGGCAGGGAUCGUCCUCCUCGUCGUACUGGUCCUCCUCGUUUUCGUGCACUCCGCCAGCUGCUACGCCUUCCGAAGGGCCAAGACGGAGGAACUCUUCCGCUUGUACAAGCAGGGGUAUACGUGA